AUGAGUGACUGCCAAGAAAGCCCACCCAUCAUAGGGAGCUCUUCCACUGUAGGCAGCUCUUCCACCAUAGGCAAUCCUACCAUCCUCAGCCCCAGCCCUAUCACUCUAGGCAGCCCUCCUAUCCUACUAAGCCCCGAGAGCCCUCCCAUCCUAGACCCCAGCCCUUCCAUCCUAUGCAGCCCUUCCACCGUAGGCAGCCCUACCGUCGUAGGCAGCCCUUCCAUCGUUGAGAUCGAUCGUCACCCAGGGCUCUUGGACAGAAUGUCAAGCAUUGGUCCUAGCAAUACACCCAACAACGAGAAAUUUAGCACAGAGAACGAUGAGAAGCUUCUAGAACAUGAUCGGAAGGACAAACGCACUACAGCAGUGAUUUGGGUAUUUUCAUGGAGCGAAAUUGUUAAUUAUGCCCUCCAAAUCGCCGGAAUUACUGCGGGAGUUGUGUUCGGUGUGUGGGCGAUUAAGUCAUACGGUGCGACGGAGACUUCGCUUGCGAUAGCGGCCAAUGCGGACAAUGUUUCGAAGGACGCACUGUCGCAAAGCAAAUUAGCCAAUCAAAUUGCUUUGCUGAGCUUCUGUGCCCCUCACCUCGAGGCAAUCCCACCUUCUGAAUUUACCUUGCCUUGUGCCACAGUUUCAAAAUCUCUUUUCACGCUUGUGAUAUCUGGAGAUCCUGUCGGCUUAAUGCCCCCCAACUCCCAGAUCAACUCAAACACCACUAACCCGUUCGGGGAUGGUGGUUCAGCAAACGGGGUGUCGCCAUCUGGGCUGCAUAACAAAGAGAUAGGAUCACAGCCAACGCCGUCGACCAGUUCACAGCCCGGACCCCAGGCUUCGGCAGAUUCAUCACCAUUGGCAUUGUCGAACAGUCAAGCGCUCGGGGGGCCAAACAGGCCACCACCACCGAAAACGACUUCACCCCAUCAGAAAACCAUGGUGCACUUCGCGGUGAUAGUUGGGAUUAUUGCUGCUGUUGUUGCAUUUUUAGUGGCUGUCGGCGCUCUCCUCGCUGGCGACAAACGGCUUAAUCCCAACGGCACUGCAGUCAUCCUGGCGUAA